UCCUCAACCAUCAGCGAACCAUCUCCCUUGUGUUAUUCUUUUAUCUCACCAGGUUUAUUGUGCUUUCAAUUCAUCUCUUUCCCUCCUUACCACACCAUGUCUGAAGAGAAGCAACACCACCACUUCUUUCACCGCAACAAGGCGGAAAACCCUGUGGAAGAAUUGACCGCCGAAGAUUAUGAGAAAAAAGAGAAACAACACAAGCACUUGGAGCAACUCGGUGGGCUAGGUGCCAUAGCUGCUGGUGCUUAUGCUCUGCAUGAGAAGCACCAGGCUAAGAAAGACCCCGAGAAUUCUCACAGCCACAAGAUCAGAGAGGAGAUUGCAGCAGCGGUUGCAGUGGGAGCUGGUGGAUUUGCCUUCCAUGAACACCAUCAGAAGAAAGAAUCUAAGAAAGAAGGAGAGUCGGCUCACGGGAAUUGAAGAACACCACAUGUGCUCUGAAAGUCAUUUCUCUAGUUUUCUUCCCCCCCACCCCCUUUAUUUUCUUUUAUAUUAUUGGUGUCCUGAGGGCGAGAUAUGUAUCUUGAUCACUUGAAAUUAGUCAAAGCACAUCUCUCUGUCGCUUUCUUAUAAUAAAGGUAUCUUAACUGCAACCUUUUUUUCUUGGGGUGAAGGUGUCUGUUGUUUAUUUGUUUAUAAAUGAAAUGUAUGAAAAUUAUACCAAAAAUACUGUAUGCAUGAUUGAUUUUAAGUUGA